AUGUCCGCAAAGUCGAUUUUCGAGGCCGACGGCAAGGCCAUCCUCAACUACCAUCUCACUCGUGCGCCCGUCAUCAAGCCUAGCCCUCUGCCUAAACCAACCAAGCAUAAUGCCCCUCCUCGACUGGCUUCUCUGCACUUCCCCGAGGAUGCCAAUGUUGAGGAUGUCCUCAACCAGGCCGAGGUUACCUACCCUUGGCUCCUUCAGCCCGGCGUCAAGCUUGUCGCAAAACCCGAUCAGCUUAUCAAGCGUCGUGGCAAGAGCGGUCUUCUAGCCUUGAAUAAGUCAUGGCCCGAAGCCAAGGCCUGGGUUGCUGAACGUGCUGGAAAGGAGCAGAAAGUUGAGCAUACCACUGGCGUUCUGAGACAGUUCCUCGUCGAACCUUUUGUUCCUCACUCCCAGGAUACUGAAUACUACAUCAACAUCAACUCCGUGCGCGAUGGCGACUGGAUUCUCUUCACCCACGAGGGUGGUGUUGAUGUUGGCGACGUCGAUGCCAAGGCCGAGAAGCUCCUGAUUCCCGUCCAUCUUGCCGAUUUUCCUUCGAAUGAGGAGAUUGCCGCCACCCUUCUCAAGAAGGUACCUCAGGGUGUUCACAAUGUUCUUGUCGACUUCAUUACUCGUCUGUAUGCCGUCUACGUUGACUGCCAGUUCACCUACCUCGAGAUCAACCCCUUGGUCGUGAUUCCCAACGAGGACAAGACCUCUGCCGCAGUUCAUUUCCUUGAUUUGGCUGCCAAGCUGGACCAGACAGCCGACUUUGAGUGCGGUGUCAAGUGGGCUAUUGCGCGGUCGCCUGCUGCCUUGGGCCUCACCAACAUUGCUCCUGUCAACGGCGAAAAAGUGAACAUUGACGCCGGCCCUCCUAUGGAAUUCCCGGCUCCCUUUGGCCGUGAGUUGACCAAGGAGGAGGCUUACAUCGCCGAGAUGGACGCCAAGACGGGCGCCUCGCUCAAGCUGACAGUCUUGAACCCCAACGGCCGUGUAUGGACGCUGGUUGCUGGCGGCGGUGCCUCGGUCGUUUAUGCCGAUGCCAUCGCGUCUGCUGGCUUUGCUGACGACCUUGCGAAUUACGGCGAGUACUCUGGGGCUCCUACCGAAUCGCAGACGUACCACUACGCGCGAACCGUCCUGGACCUUAUGCUCCGCGCUCCCAUGUCCGACAAGGGUAAGGUUCUCUUCAUCGGCGGUGGUAUUGCCAACUUCACCAACGUUGCCAGCACAUUCAAGGGUGUCAUUCGGGCCUUGAGAGAUUACGCCACUCAGCUGAUAGAGCACAACGUUCAGAUCUGGGUCCGUCGUGCCGGCCCCAACUACCAAGAGGGUCUGAAGAACAUGAAGGCCGCUACGCAGGAGUUGGGUCUCAAUGCCAAAAUCUUUGGCCCCGAGAUGCACGUCUCUGGCAUCGUACCCCUGGCUCUCAUCCCUGGCAAGUGGGAGGAAAGCAAGGCCCAGGAAUUCCAGGGCUAA